CUCACCUCCCAGUCCAGAAAAAAUGCUUCACCACCACCACCACCUCCUCUCCUCCUCCGCCUCCUCCUUCCCUCCCGCCGCCGCGCAAUCCCUCCUCCUCCUCCCGCGACAGCCGACCGCCAGCCUGCGCGCCCUCCUCUCCAUGGCCGACGCCGCCUCAACCUCCAGCUCGUUCCGCCCCCCGCGCGCCGUGCUGGCGGCGGCGGUGCCGUCCCUGGGCGCCGAGGAGACCGCCGCGGCGGCCGACGAGGCAUUCCGGAGGCACACCUCGACGGGCCUUCGGAGGGGAGGUGGCGGCGUGGCCGUCGUGUGGUUCAGGAGCGACCUCCGGGUGCUCGACAACGAGGCGCUGGCGCGCGCGUGGGCGGCCUCCGGCGCCGUCCUCCCCGUCUACUGCGUCGACCCCCGCGUCCUCGCCGGCGCCACCCACCGCUUCGGCUUCCCCAAGACCGGAGCACUGAGGGCGCAGUUCCUGAUAGAGUGCCUGGGAGACCUGAAGCAGAAUCUCCAGAAGCGCGGCCUCGACCUGCUCGUCCGGCACGGCAAGCCCGAAGACAUCCUCCCUGCGAUCGCCAAGGCCGUCAGCGCGCACACAGUCUAUGCCCACAAGGAGACCUGCAGCGAGGAGCUUCUGGUCGAGCGCCUCGUGCGCAGAGGCCUGGAGCAGGUGGCCGUCCCUCAAGGACAAGGAGGAGCUUCUGGCCGGAGUAAUAAGCCUCUCAGCCCGAAGCUUCAGCUCGUCUGGGGGGCGACGAUGUACCACAUCGACGAUCUCCCGUUCCCUGUCAGCGACCUGCCGGACGUGUACACGCAGUUCAGAAAGGCGGUCGAGUCGAAGUCCUCGGUCCGGAGCUGCGGCAAGCUGCCGCCUUCGCUCGGGCCGGCCCCGGGUUCCGGCCUGGACGAGAUCGGAGGGUGGGGCUCGAUACCUACUCUGGAGUCAUUGGGUCUGAGUGUGACAAAGGCAGAGAAGGGAAUGCGUUUCGUCGGAGGAGAGAGCGCGGCGCUGGGAAGGGUCCAUGAGUACUUCUGGAAGAAUGAUCAGGUGAAAGUGUACAAAGAGACCAGGAACGGCAUGCUUGGGCCGGACUACUCCACCAAGUUCUCCCCUUGGCUUGCUUCGGGCAGUCUUUCGCCGCGCUAUGUUUGCGAAGAGGUUAAGAGAUACGAGAAGCAGAGAAUAGCAAAUGAUUCCACAUACUGGGUUUUAUUUGAGCUGAUAUGGAGAGACUACUUCAGAUUCCUUUCAGCAAAAUAUGGGAACUCCAUUUUCCACUUGGGGGGUCCGAGAAAAGUGGCGUCCAAGUGGAGCCAAGAUCAGGCAUUGUUCGAAUCUUGGAAAGAUGGUCGGACCGGGUACCCUCUUAUUGAUGCCAACAUGAAGGAGCUCUUAGCUACAGGUUUCAUGUCCAACCGUGGCCGGCAGAUUGUCUGCUCUUUUUUGGUCCGGGACAUGGGCAUCGAUUGGCAAAUGGGAGCUGAAUGGUUUGAAACAUGCCUUCUGGAUUAUGACCCUGCUUCAAAUUAUGGUAAUUGGACAUAUGGAGCAGGAGUUGGCAAUGAUCCACGAGAAGAUCGAUACUUCAGCAUCCCCAAGCAAGCCAAGACAUACGAUCCUGAUGGCGAAUAUGUCGCGUACUGGUUACCAGAGCUUCGUUCACUCGCAAAGGAAAGGAGGAACUUCCCAGGGGCCUCAUACAUCAAGCAGGUAGUUCCACUGAAAUUUGAUGGUGGGCAUCAGAGAAAAGAUCAGCAAUUCAACAGGCAGACAAGGCCAAAGAAUAUUUACAGAAGACAAAAGUAAUACAGUGUAUGUGUUGAUUACCAUGGAUGAAGAGUCAGUAGGAGAUGGGGCAAAUGUUACAAUAGUUGGUUCAAAAGCAAAUGAGAGGUGAAGUAUCACAAAGCUUCUGUGAAAUGUAUGUAUCAGUGACAAGGUGAGCUCAGAAGUACAAAACCUGAUCCUGAUCUUGCUGUACUGAC